AAGGGCGGCGCGGGCGGGCCCCGCCCCCCGCGGGCGGUUCCGGGGCAGCGGCGGCUCCGGCGAAUGGCGGCGCUUCCGCUGCGGCCGCACCAUGAACUACAUGCCGGGCACGGCCAGCCUCAUCCAGGACAUCGACAAGAAGCACCUGGUGCUGCUGCGGGACGGGCGGACGCUCAUCGGGUUCCUGCGGAGCAUCGAUCAGUUCGCAAACUUGGUGUUGCACCAGACCGUGGAGCGCAUCCACGUGGGCAAGAAAUAUGGGGACAUCCCUCGGGGCAUCUUCGUGGUGAGGGGCGAGAACGUGGUUCUGCUGGGGGAGAUUGACCUGGAGAAGGAGAGCGACACCCCGCUGCAGCAGGUGUCCAUUGAGGAGAUCCUGGAGGAGCAGCGGGUGGAGCAGCAGGCCAAGCAGGAGUCGGAGAAGCUGAAGGUGCAGGCGCUGAAGGAGCGAGGGCUCUCGGUGCCGCGGGCAGACACUCUGGAUGAGUACUGACACUGCUGCCUCCUCCUCCUGCAAAAGGAACAAGGGCUGUUCCACACCCGCUGRGCAGGGACACGCUCCCUGGGAAGGCGGGUUGUGUUCUCAGAUUGUAUUUUCCGUGGUGCUGGUAACCGUUCACAAAUCAUGCCUUUGGUCUCCUUGAGGAAAGGGGGACGAGGAGGGCCCGGCGCACAGGGAGUGUUUGUGUUUGGGAGGCAAAUCACUGCUCCUUGGCUUUGUUUGCUUUUUCCUCCUCACAUGACUCUGGGUGAGAGUUUUCCUUGACUUGUAAAUAAAUCCUUGAUCCUGACA